AUGGUUCAAGAAUACAUUGUUCGCUGUCGAGGGUUGCCGUUUGCGUGCACGGAGGCUCAGCUGAAAGAAUGGAUUGGAGAUCGAGACAUCGAAAGUGUGUGCAUUCCAAAUGGCCGAGAUGGACGCCCAACCGGUGAAGGGUUCAUCAUUUUCAAGACACAAUCCUCAUACGAUUUGGCGCUGAAAAAGGAUCGCGAGAAUAUGGGAUCUCGUUACAUCGAGGUGUUCGCUGGUACUUCUCAAGACAAAGAAAUCAUUGAUCGAAAUGAGAGAAGCGGCAGUGGGUGGGGGUCGAGCGAGCGUCGAAGCACUUUCCCGCCAUACAUUCCACCAGGAGAUUACGUUGUCCGUCUUCGCGGUCUUCCAUUUGCCGUCGAGCCGAGCGACAUCAAAGAAUUCUUCGAUCCAUUGCCGAUCGUUCAGGACGGUAUCCUCUUCCCAUCGAACAAAACCGGGAAAACGGCCGGCGAGGCGUACGUGGUGUUUGCCGAGCGGGCGAAUGCCGAAGAAGCGUUGAAACGCGAUCGUAAUCACAUGAAACAUCGGUACAUCGAGGUGUUCAAGUCGUCGCGCGAGGAAAUGGCGACCGCGGUGGGGUGGGUGCCCGCGGAUGAGGGUUGGGGCGGACGGAGCGGUGGUUCGGGCGGACCAAUGAUGCGAAUGCGGGGCGAGCCGAGAGAGGACUACUACGCGCAAAGUCGUUACGGUGGAGGAGGGGCUCGAGGCCGUCCCAUGCCCUAUGAGCGAUAUGAGCGCCCGGGUGGUUACGGAAAUGGUGGCAGCGCUUGGGGUGGAGGCUCCGGGCAAGCCUUUGACUACCCCGAGGGAUACGGUGGAUCGCGUGGCGGCGUCGGUGGUAGUGUCUGGUCGGGAGGUUACGAUGGCUUUGGAUACGCCGAUAGAGAGGCAUACGCCGGGGACUUAAGAAGGGGGGAUCCGUGGGCGUCCUAUUCAAAAGAUUCGUAUGAUGGAGGAAUGAGCUUCAACGAGGGACCGCGUCCACUUUUCGAGAACUGGCGAGCCGGUGAUAUGAAAAGCUUGUUCGGCGGUGGAAAUCGGCGUUAUGUGCUGAAGAUGCGCGGGAUUCCGUUCAAAGCCGAAGAAGAGGACAUCUAUCGUUUUUUCGGAGAGAAUCGCCCGAGCUUCGUCGAGAUUUUGUUCGAGUCGAAUGGUCGAGCGGCUGGCGAGGCGAGAGUCGAGUUCUCCACGCGUUUAGCGUACGAUCAAGCACUUUCGAAGGACAAGGAAUAUAUGGGCAGUCGCUACGUCGAACUCUUCCCCGACUCAACGCCGAAUCGCUUU